AUGGCCAACACUCACCAUCGCAGUUUAGAGGUCACCGUCAUCUCCGGCGAAGACCUCCGCACCAACGGCAGGCCCGUCAAGAACAACGCCUUCGUCACCGUCAAGGCAGACUCUUGCGGCUCGCCAUCGUUGCCGCCCAGCUCGACGAAACCCAACGCCCACGGGGAGAGCAAUCCUUAUUGGGACGAGAAGCUCCACGUGGACUUGCCUGCAGGCUCGCGCCAUGUGGUUGUGGAGGUCCGCCAGAGGAGCUCCUCGUCCAGAGACAGGCUUGUCGGGACGGCGUGGAUUCCGGUGUCGGACUUCGUCGGAGACUACACGCCGGAGAAUUACCUGCGCUUCUUGAGUUACAGGCUGAGAGACGCCAAAGGCCUGCGCAACGGGAUCAUCAACAUCUCAGUGAGGGUCGUCACAUCGUCGUGUAAAGGGAGUUCGUCGUGUUCGUUGCGUCCGCCACCGCCGUUGCCGGAGUUCAGGAUGCCGGUGGAUCGGGAGGAGCACGGCGGGACGGUGACCGGCGUGCCGGUUUGGUAUCCCAGUCAAUGGAAAGCUUGA